AUUGCAUUUGGUAUCUUAAUCAAUGACCAUUACUAUCCUUCAAGAUGUGAUUUUAUUUCUGGCAUUUACAUUGGCCAUUUUCAUUUUUAAGAUAAAAAUAUGUACUCCAAGCUUACCUUCUAAAGCUUGUCUACCUCCGGGUCCUAAACCAUGGCCAAUUAUUGGAAAUCUUUUCAUAAUGAUAAGAAACAAACCAUUUUUUCGAUGGGUUCAUUCCACCAUGUCCCAAAAGGGAUACGAGAUCUUUUGCAUACUUCUUGGAAGUGUGCAUGUGAUAGUGGUUAGCUCCCCGGAAAUUGCAUGCGAGUUCUUGAAAACACAAGAUGCAAAUUUUGCGUCACGUCCUACAAUCCUAUCAGCAGAGAUAGUGAGUGGAGGAUUUUCUGCGACGAUCUUUACGAGUUUUGGUGAUCAAUGGAAAAAGAUGCGGCGUGUAAUGGUGUCUAACAUACUUUCUCCGACUACCCUACGUUGGAUGCACGACAAAAGAGCCGAGGAGGCUGACCACCUAAUUCGCUAUGUCACCAAUUCUAUCAAAAGGAAUGACGGCGAAGUGAAAGUUAGGGUUGCAACGCAAUACUUUAGUGGAAAUGUGAUAAGAAGGAUGGUUUUUGGUAAGAGGUUUUUCGGGGAAGGGACUGAAAAUGAGGGACCAGGAGUUGAGGAAGAGGAGUAUAUGGCUGGGAUUUUCACUAUACUAAAGUGUGUGUACAAUUUCUCCAUUUCCGACUAUUUUCCAUUUGUUCAACGAAUGGAUCUUGAUGGGAACGUGAAAAGAACACGACAAGCAAUUGAGAGUGUGAAGAAAUAUCAAGACUCGAAAAUAGAUAAGAGAAUUAAACAAUGGAAAGAAGGGACUAGAAGAGAAAAAGAUGAUCUUCUUGAUAUUCUAAUCACUUUACAAGAUGACCAAGGAAAUGCUCUAUUGACACCCGAGGAGAUUAAAGCUCAAAUUGUGGAAAUAAUGUUAGCAUCGGUUAACAAUCCAUCAAACGCUAUUGAAUGGGCUCUUGCCGAGAUGAUAAACCAUCCAAAGAUAAUGAUAAAAGCCGUUCAAGAACUAAAUCAAAUUGUCGGAAAUGACCGACUUGUCCAAGAAUCCGACCUGCACAAUCUCAAUUACAUUAAAGCUUGUGUGAAAGAAUCUCUUCGUCUCCAUCCUGUGUCCCCAUUCAACGUCCCACAUGUUUCCACUUCUGACACUACGGUGGCAGGUUACUUCAUACCUAAAGGAAGUCAUGUUCUCUUGAGCCGCUCAGGUCUAGGGCUUAACUCUAGGAUAUGGGAUGAAGCACUUCAAUUCAAGCCCGAACGUCACAUUAAAGAUGACUGUUCACAUGUGAAAUUGAAGGAUCCGGAUCUUCACUUAUUGUCAUUUAGUAUAGGUCGACGUGGUUGUCCCGGUGUCAACCUAGGAUCCAACAUGACACUUAUGCUUCUAGCUCGACUUCUUCAAGGUUUCACAUGGAGUCCACCACCAAACACUAGUUACAUUGAGCUUGUGGAGGCUAUUGAUGAAAUGUCUCUCUCCAAGCCUCUACAUGCCUUUGCAAAGCCACGAUUGAAUGGGAGUUUUUAUGUUGAUAUUGAGAAAAAGAUGUAGAGCUAUGCUUUGUUUCAUAGUUAUGUUAUCUUGUUAGAUUAAAAUAAGGUUGUCUCCCUUGGUAGUUGAUGUGUUUUACAUUUGAUUGUUCAUAUAAUAAAAUUUUGUUAUAU